GUGCGUGAGUGUGCCCGUGAGCGCGCACGCACAGUUCAACAGCUGCACAGUGAGGAGUCUGCAGAAUAUGAUUCAAACAGUGUCGUUCAAUAGGUGAGCGCUCUUACCCAUUGUUAUAGAAGAAAGAAGCGACUUACCCGGCUCCCCAUGCGGCUCUCUGCACUCACACAACCCAAACGCGUGUACAAAGUUGUAUUUUUAUUGCUUUUUUGCGCGUUUACCCCCCGGAAAUUGUGAAGUUGGUAGGUAUUGUUACGGGUGUCCUCAUUGACCCUGUGCGAUGCCGACUCACUCCUUACUCCAGUUUGUGGAGAGCCCAGACGGACUCGCACAGGACAUUCUGAUUAGCAACAGCGCUAACACCCCUGGCCCUGGCUCCAGCAUGACGCCACAUAGCUCCUGCUUAGAGAAGGCUAUGCUAACGAAGGUCAACCAGCUAAUCCCUUGCAUGUUCUGUGACCAAACCUUCACCCAUCAAGACGAGUUAGGCCCUCACGUUUUAGCACAACAUCCUACUACUUUCCCCGAACCGACUGUGCUAAGAGUGGAAGCCGAAUUUCGCAUUCCUGGGGAACGAAACCGACCGAAACCAAUCCUACCUAUUGAAAAAGAAGAUUUUUACAGUUGUAUCGUAUGUGGUCAGAUAUCCCAAGAUGCAUUGGAGCUAGAAAAUCAUAUGCGAAAGCACAAGGACUAUUUCUACUACUGCUGUAACAUUUGCGGACGUCGUUUUAGAGAGCCGUGGUUUUUGAAGACGCACAUGAAAAUGCACACAAAAUCUGGCAGCAAAACUAAAGCCUUACAAGAACUACAAGACACUCCCACUACUAUCAAUGGUAUCGUGCAAGAUGUCUCCCAACCAGUCGCUACUGUUUACAAAAUGUGCAUGGUCUGCGGGUUCUUCUUUCCCGAUCAUGAUAGCUUGGCAGAGCACAGCAAAGUUCAUAAUCGCGAUGGGGAAUUGCGUGACAAAAAUGCAGAAAAUUGGACAAAAGAAGAUGAGAUCCAAAAAGAGACAUUUAUUCAAAGUUUAAAGCUACAGCCGUUUCAAGAAAACACUACACAGCAACCAGUAAGAACCUCAAAAUGGAUUGCCCAAUUGGACCCGUUCAUCACUUACCAAGCCUGGCAGUUAGCGACCAAAGGCAAGAUUGCAGUUGGGCCCAAUCACGUUAAAGAUAUCGGACAGGAAGCAAGCACAGAUAAUGAAGAAUGCGCGUCAGAUAAGGAGGAGUUGAAUAAUAUUUUGGCAGAAGGACACACAGUGGACAAGGCCAACAAAGAUGGCCGCCCCGCUCCUCCUCCUGUGAUUAUGGCUCCUCCGCAGCCUCAGCGCAGAUCCCUCAUUCAAAAGGACAAGAGCAAAGAGAGACCCACCACAUGUGAAGAAUGCCACAAAACAUUCAGGACGUACCACCAGCUGGUGCUCCACUCACGGAUUCACAAACGAGAGCGUCCCGGCGAGGAGAGCCCCAUAGCGGGACUGGAGGGGAGGCUGUCCCGGCCUGGAGCUCUGGAGCAGCAGGACGAGGAGGAGGGGCUGGAGGAGGCUCCACUCACGGAGAUACUGGGCUCAGGUGAAGAUGGUUUUGACCGAGCCAAAGGCCGAUCAAAGGAGUGCAGCUACUGUGGAAAGUCCUUCAGAUCCAGCUACUACCUCACUGUUCACCUCAGGACUCACACAGGUGAAAAGCCAUUCAAAUGUGCUUACUGUGACUACGCUGCUGCUCAGAAGACUUCACUCAAAUACCACUUGGACAGAAGGCAUAAAGACAAACCUUAUAUCGAGGUCCCCAUUCGGCCUGCGUCUGCCGCCUCCUCCUCCUCUCUGCCCUCCCCCUCUGACCUCAAACUAGAGCCGGACAGCGAAAACUCCUCCUCCCCUACCAAACUAUGGAUACACAACACCAAAAUGUACCAAAACGAGGCGAAAUUUGACCCCAGUUUGGUAGUCGACUCCAGGCCGAGCAAACAACUCAAUCAGAGCAACGGAGAGUUUGCCAAAUUGAUUACCAAAUGUGCUGAUGACCUCCCGAUGCCUGUGAAUCUGAAGCUGGAAAAACGUGAAAUAAAACAUGAAAAUUACGAUGAUGCACCGCUAAAUUUGUCCUUAAAGGUUUCGUUGUCGAUUUCAACUGAGCCGAUUAAAGCAUCGAUGCCAAGCGCAUGUUCACAAUGUGCGUUUAAAACAAUCUACCCAGAGGUACUAAUUAUUCAUAAGAAACUAGUUCACAAGGACAAGUCCGAUAACACGAGAAGGCUAGCGAUAUCCAGGGAAAAAAGGCAUACUGGUUGUCCGCCAGCGUUGGAUGGGAAAGACGUAGCCCCCUUGCCGAUGAUUUUCCGAAGCCAUCCGAGAAGAACCAAAUCACCGACGCCUUUGCCUUCAAAACCACAAGAAAAUCCAACCACGAACAAGACAACGUUGACACCUAAACGGUCUCCCUUGCGAGAAAGUGAUGGCCAGAAACUCAAAACACAAAAUGAACAACAAGCGAAUAGCCAUGAAAGUAGGUUUACGGAGGUGAUGAGAAAAAAUACAGGUGGUGCUAAGUAUUUACUAGAUAUGCAGACACCACCAGACAGAAUAGGGAUAGGCGAAAGGAGCUACCCAGUAAGAAAUGGUGUACUUUGGCCAACCGAUACUUCAAGAAUAUGUCUAUCAAGUCGAUUUGGUAACCUUCCUCGCAUGGAUUUAGGCGAGCCGUCCACAAAAAGGUUAAAGUUCAACUCCGUGACUCAAAGUAGAGAAGAAGAUGCAGGAUCGGAGAAGGGGAGUUUCAAGAACGUGUCAGAAAUGUCAAACCGGUCGCUCGUAGCAGGGAGGGGGAGUAUACCAGGUGCGCACUCUUCUGGCCAAGACGCGUUGGGGACAGUGAAGAGCUCCUCCGUGGCACUAGGGGGCGCUCUGGACUCAGAGUGGGGCACGAUGAACCUGCUGCGCACAUGCACACUCAACGAUCUGGCGUCGCUGUAUCACACCUCGCCUGGCAACCCUCCGAGAACAGGGGGCAGGACUGUGCUGUACCAACACUUACCCACUUUGCCAAACCUCCCACGGAGAGAAUCCACUGGACCUUUCCCAAACCAGCGCUACGGCAACAUAGACAAAAGUGCCUAAAUAUGACUUUAAAAUGCUUAAAAAGGUAAAACUUGAAAAAACGCUUAAGGGACACUGGAGUUUACAACCACCUGCCUAAAAAAAGUCCAUCUUUUCCUCAAACUUUAAAAUAUGGAUCAAGUUUGACAGAUGCAAAGCUUUAGUUCACUUUUACAAUGAGCUGCUAUCUUAUUUUGUUAUGGAGACUUGGUUUAAAUGUAUUGCAGUAGAAAUAGCAGUCUUUUGUUUUGUCAAUGGGUCACUUGAGUUUUCAUUUGUUUGCAUUUAUCUGGACUAAUAUCCUCUUUAAAAUGUGAUGUGUGUGUGUGUAUACAUAUAAGAAUGCAUGGGGAUUUAGUGCACAAAGUAUCGUCACUGACAGUUUGGGCAGAGUCCAGUUUUGGCGCGUUCAUAUGAAAAGUUUAUGUUUGAAAAUAUUUAACCUUUCCAAAUUCUACUGCAUCACAAAAGUAAAAAAAAUCUGAGGUAAGAUUACUUGAGUACAAAAUAUUUUAAAAUUUGAGUAGUAUUAACUGUACUAUUGAGUUAUUGGGUCUUACGUGAUAUUUUUUACUUGUUUCAAUUUACAGUUUCCUAAUUUCAGUUUAGUUUUAGUUUGUUGUUUUGGAUCGUUUUCACAUGAAAUUGACUUAAAAGUGUAUUUUUUGUGCAAAGUGCAAAAACUCGAUGAGAAUGGCACCAUUCAAAUUAUUGUCAAAAUGUCUUUAAGAUUUCAUUUUACCUAUUUCCUUCCAGUUGCAUUUUUAGUUUUUUACAUUUAAGCAGCUUUUUCAUUGAGUGGUAUGCCUCAUCUCCAUGGACAUGUUCCACAGCAUGGCAUUAAACAUAAAAUGUAUAUGGUUACAGGUGUUGCUAUUGCUAGAAAAAAAAUACUUUGAUAAACGUGCAUUCUUUGAGCAGCCUCGCCUCUCCGUAGAUCUGACUUGAGACUUGGUCUGAUUGCGGCAACUGCUUGUUGUCAUGGAGAGUGAUGAGUUUAAUACCAUACUGUGGAACAUUCAGUGGAAACGAGCAGGAGAGUUGCAUAGUACGGUCUAAAAAUUACACUUAAACAUAAAAGUGCACAGACUAAUAAUUUAACCUGAAACGAGUGUAAAAACAAACCUACAAAUUGAAAUUCAAACAAUUCCACUACAAUUCAACUACUCAAAUUCUCAAAUAUUCAAAAUUCAAGUAAUUUUAACUUCUAGGUUUUUUUGCAUGCUGUGAAAUUUGUAUUUGCUGAAUGCAGAAACUCUACAAUGCAUAAAUGUAUUCCUUUCCAUAGCACUAAGGGACAGGGGAUUCCAUUGUAUCCAGACAUGAUAUUUAAAUGGGUUGUGUUUUCUUUGGUCUACCUCAUAUUGGUGCUCGAGACGUUGACUCGUGGUAUUUUCUGAUCUAUUUGUUUCUGCUACAGGUUUGUUUUAAUACUUGGUAGGGUUGAGAAUCGAAUGGAUGCAAGUUUUGUGAAAUUACGGUAAAUAUUAACUAUUUGAUUUAAUAUGUCCUAAAAUGAAUUUGUCCUAAGAGCUCAACAUCUUUACACAUUACAACAUCACAGAAAAUUCACGUUCAGUUGUUUUCCCAAGUCUUAAAAAUUAAAUUGAAAAUGAUAUUUGUGGUGAAAGCUGUCGCCUUUUUUCAAAUUUUUCAAGUCCGAUUCCAUUCAGAAGUUGUUUAUGAGUGUAUCAAUAUCUAAAUGCAAUACUUGGAUUAUAUCACAUUUUCUGAUAUUAAGACAUUGAUAUUGGCUCACCACAAGAUUUUAUUUUGUAUUUUUUUCACUGUAUAACAAAUCCUUUCCAUCCUUUCAUUCUCAACCCUCAUUAUGAAACCUGUGGUCGUUUACAGUAUGUGCCUCUAUUAUAUUGGCUGUAUUACUUUUCAAUGCUCUGUUUGCUUUUACACUCAGGGUAAUGGGACGUCUGUAACAGCAGCAGACAUGGACUUAUGACAGUGUCUGAAAUGCAGAAGAUGUUCCAAAUUAAAUGUGUGAAAGAUCAAAUUUGAGCUCUAGUCUUAGUUGGUAUUUUUCUGUAGGACUUCACAAAUUUGAAAAAAAAAAUAAAAAAAUUGAAGCCUGAAUUUUCUGACGAGUUUUGCGAUUAGAUUUGGGAUUAAUGUUUGAAAUGUAGAUUCUAAAACCUAAAUAACUGCAUUUUUUGCUUUUUAGACAGUUGCGCCGACUCAAAUUGGUAUUUUGAUUUGAGUGUGUGCAGCUCUAACGUUCUAUGCAGCGUCUGGUUUUCGAGAGACCUUUUGUGUGUUACUCUAUGUACAAGAACAAAAGCAGCUAUUUGGGUUAAAGAUGCACGGCGGAACAUUUCUUGUCGGGGGAGGGUUUGCUCGUCGUCUUUGAAAUGUCAUUGCUUUGCCUGGAAUGUUCUAAAGUAUGGCAUUAAACUUUAUAAGUAGCAUUUAUUUAAUUUCUGGUGCUGUUGUUGCUCAGAAUACCUUGAAAAAAAAAAAGCAUUCUUACUUUGAGUGGUCUCACCUUUCCUCAGAUCUGACUCGUAACAUGGCUUUUUGGUGUCAUGUAUUGGUGUACUAUAUAUCCAUGGAUGCAGAAUGGGCUUGCCUCUGCACAGAUCUGACUCAUCACUUGCCCUUUUGGUGGCAUGCGUUUGUAUCCGUGGAUAUAUGGAAGUUUGAUAGCGUACUGACGGGGGCUCGCCUUUCCACGGAUCUGGCUCGUAACGUGGCUUCCUGGUGGCAUGUGUUUGUAUCCGUGGAUAUAGAGGACCGAGUGGGCUUGCCUCUGCACAGAUCUGACCUGUACCCUGACCUGUUGGCCCCACCCGCUUGCAUCAGUGGACAUAGAGGUUCAAUACCACGCUGCGUAACAUUCUAGGCAAAGCGGUGACAUCUCCGUGGAGACGAGCAGCUUCAGAAAUGUCCCACAGUGCAUCUUUUAUGGGCUGGUUUAACACUGUGAACUAAACCUCAGUUCUCCUCAGGUUUUCAGACGAGCUCUUGACAAGCCUGAUGAAAUAUUUUUGCCGCUUGGCUUUGGUUAAGUUAUUAUUUUUCCCUUUAUGUGGUACUCUGUUACGUGUACUUGUGUAAAGACGAUGAUAUUGUUUAAGAUUUGUAUUUCACAUUUCAAUAAUAAAAUAUGAG